AUGACACCUAACUGGGGAAAGAGUAUACCUGGUACAGAAGUGUUGGCUAAGUUCAUUUGGAAUGAAGGAAAAGGUUACAGACUGCAAAAUCUUUCUGAAUUCUGCUUAUUAAAGUCUACCAAAGAUUGUGUUACGUGGAUUUCAGCUUCCUCAUGUAAUGGUUCUUCAUUGUCAGCAACAGAUGUGUUCUUUGCUGUGAAAACGUAUGAGAAGUUUCAUGACAAUAGAGUACAAGUAGUACAAGAUACUUGGGCCAAAGAUGUUGUUAACGUGAAGUUUUUCAGCAAUAAAAAUGACCCUAAAAUUCCCACCCAUGACUUAGGAGUCCCUAACACACCACAUGGGCACUGUGCUAAGACCAUGGCUAUAUUAUCCUACUUGUUAAAUGAUGGUCUGACUAGCAACUACAAGUGGAUUGUCAUAGCUGAUGAUGAUACUCUAUUAAGCAUGUCAAGGUUACUUCAACUCCUGAGAUGCUAUGAUCAUACAGAACCAGUAGCUCUUGGAGAAAGAUAUGGCUACAGUGUAGCAUCUGGUAAUGGCUAUGAUUACAUAACAGGAGGAGGAGGAAUGGUAUUCAGCUUGCCUGCAAUAAAGAAGAUUGUAAAUAGUCCACUAUGUGACUGUCCAACAGAUGAUGCUCCAGAUGAUAUGAUUCUUGGUCAAUGUUUGCAGUUUCUAAAUAUUCCUGUAACACACACUUUACAAUUUCAUCAGGCUCGACCAAGUGAUUAUUCUGUUGAAUACCUUAGCUUUCUACCUCCAGUAUCCUUUCACAAACACUGGAUGAUAGACCCCAGGGCUGUUUAUUAUCAGUGGCUUUAUGAUGAGGACGAACACUUAAAAUCACAUGAUGAGCUUUAAUUAAAACCAGGAAAAAAAAUCAUGGACUGCAUCAAUAUACAUGUACUUCAUGAGUUGAUAUUUUUAGUAAAGUUAUUCUUUUUAAAAAAAUAUUAUUUCUCAUUCGUGUUUUGUUAUCUCUUAAUGAUACUUUUGCAUUACUGUUUAUGUUAAUUAUUCACUUUUACAAAUUCCUUGGAAAUAUACUUUUUUGUCUCACCAAUAUAAGUUCUUAUGACAUACACAGUUGUUUUGUUCUGCUAAGUAUAAUCAAUAAUAUUUUUGUAUAACAGCUCAUUUUAUAAUGAAAAGAGACAAUAAGCUCAGAAAAUGUCUGUUAAAAGACUAAGUUUUAAUAUUAACAGUUGUCUUUGCAGUUUUGUUUUUCAUUUUGUAACUAGUUCAUUUCUGUUAUUAUUUUCCCUAAUUUUUCUUAAUUCAAAAGUUUCAUGUUAUAUUUACAUAAAAUCCAAAGAUUCUGGAAAACAUGACUUUCAGUUUUAAUUUUAAGCACACUAGAUAAUAAACCAAAAAACUAAGCUAAACCUUAAAACAGCGAGUUAUUUGUGCCAUUGAUGAAGGUGUUAGUUGAUAAUGAAAUGUUUAACUCAUUUUGAUUAAAUUUUAUUCUCUGGUUAGUUUUAUGCAGUUGUUUUGUGUGUAUAUAAACAAAUUCUUGAAAAUAAAGAGUGUACAUGGAUUAUAAGUUGAUAAAAUAAAGAGUG